AUGGAUGCUGCGGGAAGGGGCUGCCAUUUGCCGCCCCUGCCAGCGGCGCGCGGACCUGCUCGCCCUCCCGGCGCGGCCGCAGACAGCGCCGUCAGCCGGCCCGGCCUCUGCGGCGGCGCCGCCUCGCCUCCCUCCGCGGCCGCCGGAGCGGUCGCCAUGAACCCCAGCUCCUCGGCGGGAGAGGAGAAGGGGGCGACGGGCGGCAGCAGCAGUAGCGGAAGCGGCGCCGGGAGCUGCUGCUUGGGUGCCGAGGGCGGCGCGGACCCGCGGGGCGCGGGGGCCGCUGCCCUGGAGGAGCCCGGGGCAGCCGGCCCGAAAGAGAAGGACGAGGCGCUGGAGGAGAAGCUGAGGAACUUAACUUUCCGGAAGCAGGUCUCUUACAGGAAAGCAAUCUCCCGGGCAGGCCUGCAGCAUCUGGCUCCUGCUCCUCCCCUCGGCCUUCCUGUGGCAAAUGGUCCAGCGAAAGAGCCCAGAGCGACUCUGGACUGGAGCGAGAACGCCGUGAACGGAGAGCACCUGUGGCUGGAGACCAACGUCUCGGGAGACCUGUGCUACCUGGGCGAGGAGAACUGCCAAGUCCGGUUUGCAAAAUCGGCCCUGAGGAGGAAGUGUGCGGUUUGUAAAAUCGUCGUCCAUACCGCGUGCAUCGAACAGCUAGAAAAGAUUAAUUUCAGAUGUAAACCAACGUUUCGAGAAGGAGGCUCAAGAUCUCCAAGAGAAAAUUUUGUGCGUCAUCACUGGGUGCACAGGCGACGGCAGGAGGGAAAAUGUAAGCAGUGUGGUAAGGGCUUUCAGCAGAAAUUCUCCUUCCACAGUAAAGAGAUUGUGGCUAUCAGCUGUUCCUGGUGCAAGCAGGCGUUUCACAAUAAGGUGACGUGUUUCAUGCUGCAUCACAUUGAGGAACCCUGCUCCCUGGGGGCUCAUGCUGCCGUCAUUGUCCCGCCCACGUGGAUCAUUAAGGUGAAGAAACCUCAGAACUCUCUGAAGGCUUCUAAUCGGAAGAAGAAGAGAACGAGCUUUAAAAGAAAAGCCAGUAAAAAAGGAACUGAACAGGAAAACAAAGGUCGUCCUUUUGUGAUAAAACCCAUCUCUUCUCCUCUCAUGAAACCCUUGCUUGUGUUUGUGAACCCCAAGAGUGGAGGCAACCAGGGAACCAAAGUCCUGCAGAUGUUUAUGUGGUACCUGAAUCCACGGCAAGUCUUUGAUCUUUCUCAGGAAGGGCCGAAAGAUGCGCUUGAGUUGUAUAGGAAAGUACCAAAUCUGCGGAUUCUGGCCUGUGGCGGGGAUGGAACGGUGGGCUGGAUCCUUUCCAUUCUGGACGAACUGCAGCUGAGCCCGCAGCCUCCUGUCGGGGUCCUUCCUCUGGGCACUGGGAACGACCUGGCUCGAACCCUCAACUGGGGCGGGGGAUACACUGAUGAGCCUGUUUCCAAGAUCCUUUGCCAAGUAGAGGAUGGGACAAUUGUACAGCUAGACCGCUGGAACCUCCACGUGGAAAGAAACCCAGACUUGCCUCCAGAAGAACUUGAAGAUGGCGUAUGCAAGCUUCCUCUGAAUGUUUUCAAUAACUACUUCAGCCUUGGAUUUGACGCCCAUGUCACACUGGAGUUCCAUGAAUCCAGAGAAGCAAAUCCAGAGAAAUUCAACAGCCGUUUUCGAAAUAAAAUGUUCUAUGCAGGGGCAGCUUUUUCUGACUUCCUACAGAGAAGCUCUAGAGAUCUAUCCAAACAUGUUAAAGUUGUUUGUGAUGGAACAGAUCUCACCCCAAAGAUUCAGGAACUGAAGUUCCAGUGUAUAGUAUUUUUAAAUAUACCCAGAUAUUGUGCUGGCACAAUGCCCUGGGGGAACCCAGGGGACCACCAUGAUUUUGAACCUCAGCGCCAUGAUGACGGUUAUAUUGAAGUCAUUGGAUUCACCAUGGCCUCUUUGGCCGCCUUGCAAGUCGGGGGCCACGGGGAAAGGCUGCACCAGUGUCGCGAGGUCAUGCUGCUGACGUACAAAUCCAUCCCCAUGCAAGUGGAUGGAGAGCCCUGUAGGCUGGCGCCGGCUAUGAUCCGGAUCUCCUUGAGGAAUCAGGCCAACAUGGUGCAGAAGAGCAAGAGGAGGACGUCCAUGCCUUUGCUCAAUGAUCCACAGUCUGUCCCAGACCGCCUGAGGAUCCGCGUGAACAAAAUCAGUUUGCAAGACUAUGAAGGAUUCCACUAUGACAAGGAGAAACUCCGGGAAGCUUCCAUCCCUCUGGGUAUUCUAGUCGUGCGUGGAGACUGUGAUUUGGAGACUUGCCGUAUGUAUAUAGAUCGCCUACAGGAGGACCUGCAGUCAGUUUCUUCUGGCUUCCACAGAGUUCAUUACCAGGACCAAGAAACCUCCUUCCCCAGGGCCCUCUCCGCUCAGAGGCUCUCCCCACGCUGGUGCUUUCUAGAUGCAACUUCUGCUGAUCGCUUUUAUCGAAUAGACAGAUCUCAGGAACAUUUGCACUUUGUGAUGGAGAUUUCCCAAGAUGAGGUUUUUAUCCUGGACCCAGAUAUGGUGUUGUCACAGCAGGCGGGGACACCUCCAGGAAUGCCCGACCUGGUGGUGGAGCAAGCCUCAGGGUCACCAGUCUCUUCGGAAGAUCACGCAAUUUUGCAGGCAGUAAUAGCUGGUGAUCUUAUGAAGCUAAUAGAAAGCUAUAAAAAUGGAGGCAGCCUGCUAAUUCAGGGACCAGACCACUGUUCACUUCUUCACCACGCAGCUAAAACCGGCAACGGGGAGAUUGUGAAAUAUAUCCUUGACCACGGUCCCUCUGAGUUAUUGGAUAUGGCAGACAGCGAAACGGGUGAGACCGCGCUGCACAAGGCGGCCUGCCAGCGGAACCGGGCUGUGUGCCAGCUUCUGGUGGACGCGGGAGCAUCUCUGAGAAAGACGGACUCCAAGGGUAAGACACCUCAAGACAGAGCUCAGCAGGCUGGGGACCCUGAUUUGGCUGCUUACCUAGAAAGCCGUCAGAACUAUAAGAUCAUUGGCCACGAAGACCUGGAAACUACUGUUUGACCCUAGGAGAUGGGCAAAGAGAACCUGAGCGAGCAUAUCACCUGUGCCCUGUCGGCCAUCGGGCAGCUCCCCUGGAAGAAGCUGAUGGAAUCCAUAGUCUGUCUCUCGCCUGCAAGAGUCUACCUGAGACUGUGCCACCAGUUUUUAAGGGCUACCAAGAUGUACAACAAAAUAGGAUAGCCCACAAAGGACGAGGCAGGAUACCUGGAGAUUUGUGGAAUACGAGUUCCGCAAAAUUUGAUCCUUAUCGCUUCCAGCAAGUAGCAUGAACUUCUGUGUCCACCUGUAUCAUUUAUUUUAAAGAUUCAAAGGAUGUUCGUAUAAAAGGCACUGCUCCCUCCCCCCCCAUGCAUUCACCUUCCCUAUACCACACCAUUGUCCUGUAGCUACCCAUCCAUUGAAAAAAUGUGACAUGAUCUCUCUUUACAUUCAGUCUUUGAAGACCGACUGUCUGAAGGUCUUUGAAAACCCUCUGGAUGCCCUGCAGAAAUGUAACUGUUAAACCGCUUCCAUUUCCAAGACUAAAUAUACCCAAGGACGAUCAGUGACAUUUUUUGCAUGUCUCUUCUCCCUCCCUAGUCCCUUUCCAUCACCUAGGAGCUGGGAGAUGCCACAUGGGUAACGUCGACUUGUGCAUUGUACCUCUGAGGUAUGGUGAGGUGGCAUGGGAGUCGCCUGUUCUCAGAGGGACCUCAGAAAGGUAACCCAGGGGUUGGCCCAGGUUGCAGGGCUGCUGCCGACAGCCACCAAGGGCGGGUUCAGCUUGGGCUGUUUGCGCAGCGCCGUACUGCCUAUGUAGCCAUCUUUGCCUUUUGCUGCGAUAGAGAUGAGCAAUGGGUCAAGCAAAGGCCCGCGGCCAGUUUGCAGAAGCGCCCGACUUUCAGUGCUGUUUUAACAGCAGAGCAGAAAACCACGUGUGGGAACUGUGGUUCCAGGAAGUGGAGCUCUGUGCCAGCGCUGACUUCUACACUUUUUGGAGUGAUAAAUGGAAAGCAGGCCAGUGGACUUGAAAUACAACAGCAGAAGCAAAAGUAGCAACACAUGUCAAAGAAACUCACUUAAGUAAGAAAACAGUCACUGGAAUUUUGCACAGAGGCUAAGAAGUACAGACUCUUGGGUACAGUGGCGGGGGGGCCCAUUUUAGGUUUUCCUUCUAAGAUUUUGGUUUUCAUGAGCCCAAGUACACCUUGGCCCGAGGACAAGCCUUGCUGCGUGAGUCUCACUGCCGACAUUCAGGACGCGCGGCCCUUUCUGAUGGAUGCCUCACCUAUUUACUUGGCAGGUCUCAAUGGCAUUCCUGCCAGCACUAUAGCCCCAUUUUACAUGUGCGGGGCCAUCUAAUAUAUCAUUUUCUCUAUUUUCUUCUAUCCGGAAGUUCCUAGUGCGAACCACGGGGGGAGCCCAGCCAGGAACGUCUCUCUGGCAGUGGAACGGGAACCCUAGUCCUGCCACAGAGCAGCUGGUACUCACAGGUGCCUCUGUGAGGGGCUUUGUGAUCAUUGAAAAAGUCUUCUAACUAUUGGUGAAAAUGUCUACUCAACUUGGGUGUAAGUCAGAAAGGAAUGUGGUGAUCGAGGGGUUUGCUUCGAAUUAAAUGUCUGUUUUCGGAGCUCUUCUCCAUUUUGCUCUUAGAUAUAAGCAACACGCUUCCUUACUGUUCCUGCACGUGAGUGUAAACGAUUGUUUCUCUACAUUUAAUUUAAAGUGGUGAUGCGUUGCUUAGCUGAAUCACAUUUUGAUCACGUAUCACUUUGAAAGCACAGAUACGAUGCACUGCUAUUCAGUAGGAAUAACCUCUCAGUGGAUGGGGACUGAGUCUCUCCUUAGUCGUUUCAAAAUCAAAUGGCUGUCAUUAUUUUCAGCUGUGGGAGGAAGGGUUGGAGGCGAGCAAUCUAUUUCCAUAGAU